AUGGGGACUGUACCAGAUCCUCUGAGAUCUGCCAAGCUUUCCCUGGUCACAGCUCCUGCGGAGGAGGAUCACCUGGGAGAUCCACAGUCUGCUAAUCACCAGCCCCAACUACCCAGUGGAGAGAGGCCCAGCAAUGGCUUUCCAUGCACACCAUCCAGCUCUGCUGGAGUCUGCUUGUUUGACCUGAACUGCUCAGGGGCUGCCAGCACACAGAAGAGUGAGCCAUGCCACAAAGACAAUGCUAGCCAGCAGGAAGCCGUUCCUCCGGGGCUCACCGGCAGAGCUUCAGAGGAGUGUCCUUCAGCCGUAGAGCCUGCUGGUUGCUCCUGGCCAGCAGGCAGCCAGGGACCAGCAGCACCACCCCCCACUGGAGGAGGAGCCCCUUUGGUGGCGUGGGGGCCAGAGAUGAUGCCAGCCCCCCAGAGCUCCCGGCAGUUUGUGCAAGGCAGCCAGGCGAAAAUGAGCCCCCUGACACAAAUGGAUGACUCUGCCUUGAAACCUCAGGGGACUGAUGAUCAGCCAACACUUGAGGUGAUAAAUUAUUCUUCCCCAAGCGACCCUAUCCGGGGUAACGAAUCUUGUCCUACUUCUCAGGCAAACCUUCUGCAAAAAGGGGAAAAAGACAGGGGAGCAGAAAAGCCUGGUUCUGCUGCGUGUCAGCCAGCCUCGCCAGCACGGCAUACCAAAGGUGACCUGGGCAGAGACCCACUGACCAAUUUGGGGGCAAAAAGCGGGGCUGUGGACACCCUGCAGUCGCAUCCCAUGGGUGAAGCUGAAGCGGUGCAGAGCAGCGAGGCACCAGCCCAGUCUAGCCACGAGACUCCACGUUCCGUACACAACGUGGGUGCCGAGCUGGGGACCCCAGGCCCCACCCAGCUCUCCAAAUUCAGAGAAACGGGUACAAUGACAGUUCAGCCAGAGAGCAGCUCUUUAACUCAGGAAGCAGUAAGCAGGACAUGGCGAGAUGCUGAGGUUCAGGCCGUGGCUACCGUUGAGAGCAAAUCGGCCUCCACUAGUCCCAGCAUCCUUGCUGCCUUCUUAAAAGGGAAUCCUCCUCCAGAGGAGAAGGAAGAACUGCACAUUAUUUACCAAGGAGGCGUGGGGCUGAGCCAGUCUGCACUUAGUGAAAGUUUAUCCUCACAACAAAAGUCCCCAGGUUCUCCUGAUACCACGUUGAAAUCGACUGUUUUUAUGGCUGUGACUGCUUCAGCCCAAACCCAGCCUGUCAAACUGCCUGGGGUCCCGUCUGGUGUGGUGUCUCCAGCACCAGCAGAUAAUGCAAAACCUGUUCUACCCUUCUCCCCUGCAGCCGUUACCUCUCAAGGGACCUCUGUGGGUAAUGCUGAAACAGUGGGUGCAGCCUGUGACAGCAGGUAUGCUGCUGGGCUGCCAGUGGAUGCCCCAGUCCCACCAAAACCCAUCCCUGUUGGGCAACUUGCAGUUGACUACAGUAAUAAAACUCCAGCACAGUCCAUGUCUGGCACUGGUGAACCAAGCACCACUUCUGCUGCUGCUGCUGACCCAGGAACCCAGGAGAACAAAGUGCAAGAUCUUGUCCAUGAUGCAGGAGGCAGCCAGUUACCUUUACUCUGUAGCACAGACAAUGAAGUCAAGCAGAAGGAGGUCCUGGGCAGCUCUGAGCAAAAGCCUCUGCAAAGUAAGGGUGCCAGUCAAGGGGAGGCCAUUCCUAAUCAGUCUGUGGUGAAACCAAAGGAAGAAAACUCAGUGGUGCUUGAUCCUGAAGGAGGGAUAAAUGUUAGCAGCCAGCCUGCCAUUGUCCACAUAAAGGCUUGCUCAGAGGAUGCACGUGAGAAGGAGGAGAGCAGAGACCAGGGAGACACUGGCCAGGCCCAGGUGGCUGGUGGCCAGAGCCUGCAGGCAGGACUGACGCCCCAGUUAGGUGCAAGUUCUCCACGUCUCGCCCCUCCCUUGGAGGCAUCAGCAGGUCCCCAGCAGCAAGGCCUCCAGGCCAAGGAAUCCAGAUGUGAGCUUCACACAGCAGCUCUUCCUGCUUCUGCUCAGGCCUUGCCAAACCUGGGGGAAAACAAGAAGCAACCCAUCCCGGCCAUGGAGGCAAAAGUGCAGGUGAAGCAGUCCAAGCACAUCAGGGAUGUGGUUUGGGACGAGCAGGGCAUGACAUGGGAGGUUUACGGUGCUUCCCUCGAUCCAGAAUCCCUGGGAAUUGCCAUCCAGAACCACUUACAGAGACAAAUACGGGAACACAAGAAACUGAUCCGGGCCCAGAACAGUCAGACCCGGAAAUCCAUUUCCUCGGAUACAUCCUCAAAUAAAAAACUGAAAGGGAGGCAGCACAACGUGUUCCAGUCCAUGCUGCAGAAUUUUAGGCGUCCUAAUUGCUGUGUCCGACCCGCUCCCUCUUCUGUGUUAGACUGA